AUGGUGCACUCUGGCUUCUUUGCUCUACGAAAAGUUCAUGAAGAUGAGCAGGAAGAAGGUUACGUUCUCACACCAAGCUCAAAGUUCCUCUUAAAGGAUAAUCCCACAAGUGUGUUGCCCUUCCUGUUGGUACAACUAGAUCAAGUUCUCAUGGAACCAUUUAAUUUAAUGAGUGAGUGGUUCAAAGGGAGCAAUGUGACACCGUUUGAAACCACCCACAAGUGUUCUAUGUGGAACUACGCUAAUGAAAAUCCCAACUUCAAUGUUGCCUUCAAUGAAGCUAUGUCUAGUGACUCUAUAAUGGUGACAAGACUACUUGUCACAGAGUGUAAGGUGGCCUUCCAAGGGUUAGGGUCACUAGUAGACGUGGGGGGUGGCACAGAAACUACAACCAAGGCCAUUGCUGAGACAUUUCCCGACUUGAAGUGCACAGUUUUUUAUCAGCCACAUGUAAUUGCGGACUUGGAAGGGAAUACUAAGAACUUGAACUACAUUGGAGGGGACAUGUUUGAUGGAAUUCCUAAAGCACAGGCAAUUUUGCUCAAGGAGGAAGGAAUGGAGAUGUUCCAAGCUCAAGCUCACAUAUGGAACCAUAUAUUUAGCUUCAUAAGGUCCAUGUCCCUUAGAUGUGUAGUCGAACUAGGUAUACCAGAGAUUGUUAACAACAACCAUAACCAACCCAUAACACUCUCAGAGUUGGUCACCAAGCUUGCAAUCCCUCACCAGAAAACUGAUCACCUUUAUCGCCUCAUGCGCUUAAUGGUGCACUCUGGCUUCUUUGCUCUACAAAAAGUUCAUAAAGAUGAGCAGGAAGAAGGUUACGUUCUCACACCAUGCUCAAAGUUCCUCUUAAAGGAUAAUCCCAAAAGCAUAUUGCCCUUCCUGUUGGUAGAACUAGAUCAAGUUUUCAUGAAACCAUUUGAUUUAAUGAGUGAGUGGUUCAAAGGGAACGAUGUGACACCAUUUGAAACCACCCACAAGUUUUCUUUGUGGAACUACACUAAUGAAAAUCCCAACUUCAAUGUUGCCUUCAAUGAGGCUAUGUCUAGUGACUCUCUAAUGGUGACAAGACUACUUGUCACAGAGUGUAAGGUGGUCUUCCAAGGGUUAGGGUCACUUGUAGACGUGGGGGGUGGUAUAGGAACUACAACCAAGGCCAUUGCCGAGACAUUUCCAGACUUGAAGUGCACAGUUUUUGACCUGCCACAUGUAGUUGCUGACUUGGAAGGGAAUACUAAGAACUUGGACUACGUUGGAGGGGACAUGUUUGAUGGCAUUCCUAAAGCACAUGCAGUUUUGCUCAAGUGGAUCUUGCAUGAUUGGAACGACGAAGAAUGUAUACAGAUACUGAAAAGAUGCAGAGAAGCCAUUAGUUCUAGAGAUGAGGGAGGUAAAGUGAUGAUCAUAGACAUGGUAGUGGAUGACAAGCACAAAGGAGAAAACAAAACAAUUGAAACACAACUUUUCUUUGACAUGGUGAUGAUGGUUAAUGUCGGUGGAAAAGAGAGAAUCCAGAAGGAAUGGGAAGAACUAUUCUUCCGAUCUGGUUUUAGCCACUACAAGAUAACUCAUAUUCUUGGUUUGAGAUCCCUCAUUGAAGUUUAUCCUUAA